AUGGAUUCCAACACUACCUUUACCCGAUCAUACGACGAAUCGUUAAUUCGAGAAUUACCCCAGCUCCAGAGUCUCCGCAUAGCUCCUCUCCGUCAGCCCGUCUCGCGCUUGCUGAGCGUGCCUUCGCCGCUGGAGCCGAAUGCCAGCCGAGUCCGCGAGGCCACCGCUGCUCCCACGCCCAUUAGCUCGGAGGGCAUUCUGCCUGGCCCCCGGAAUAAUGAUUCCGUGACCGCGGUUCCCGCGGAGCGUCUGAACCAUGCAUCGCGGCCGCCGAAGAAGAAGACUGAUCCCUCCGUGGACUCGCUCCUUAGCCUCGAGCCCCCGCCGCCCAAGCCCAUCCUUCCCGCCUUUGUUAAUCUCCGUGCUCUAGAAAGAUUCCCUUAUUCAUCGUUCGACGAUGAUUCCCAUCAUCCCCGCAAGCGGCGCCGCGUCGGGGUGCAGGCCGAGACCUUCGCCGAGCAUCUGCAGCUGCCCAUCCCGCAGGCUCAGAAGGAACAGCGCCCACCCCCAUUCGGGCCCUUUGCGAUCCUCAAUGGGCUCAACGAACCUCCCCCUAAUGCCGCUCUUCUGCCGCCCAUCGAAGCCGGCUCCAGCCUCACGCAGCUGCUGACUAAACCCUCCCGGGACAGCUCGGUCGUUGAGCCGGCUUCGCUGGCCACUUCCUUCGGGGAGGGUCCGACAGGCGAAAGACGAGAGGGCAGGAUUGAGGAUAUCCUGGCCUCUCCCAUUGCCACGAAGACGGCCCUGAGCGAUCGCGGUGGCGCUGUGGUCAUCGGACUACCAGACGACCCGGUCGCCCCGAAUCGGCCGCCGCCAUGUGACAAGACCGACGACGGGGAAUCGGACGACAAGAAGUCAUCCUCUGCCGACGAAAAUGAGGAGCCCAUAUCCCCUAAGACACGGGGCCGUUCUCGUAAGAACCUUCGCAAGUGGACAGAGGAGGAAACCACGGCUCUGUUACGUGGAGUGGUCAAGUGCGGCAUUGGGAACUGGACGGCGAUCCUGGCUCAGCCGGAAUUAAAGUUCAACAAGCGCAGCGCUUCCAACUUGAAAGAUAGGUUCCGCGUAUGUUGUCCCUGGGCCUACCGGGCUGCCGACCCGAACGAAGCCACGCGGCAAUUGCACGACACUCUGGCUAACGCCCUCUCGCGGGCCGAGACGGAAGGAUCUGAUGGCACAGCCGGGAAGAUUCACUUGCCGCCCCCCCGACCAGCCAAUGCGGAGUCCCUCUCCGUGGGGAGCAGCGUGACGGUUGGCUUGAAUGAGCCAUCUGGAAGUAGCGGCAGCAGCUCCUCGAACACCAAAGAGACCGCUCCGAAGACCACCAACUCUAAGCCGAAUUCCACGGCCAAGGCAACUCCUACGCUAACAAGCAAAUCCAAAUCGACCUUGGAGUCCCUGGGUAUCCCGGAGCCACAUUUUGCCAUGAAAUCCCGGCGUCGUUCCCGACGGCCAUUCACCGUGGCCGAGGACGAAGCUCUACUCAAAGGGUAUGCGGUGCAUGGGUUCCAAUGGACACUGAUCCAGCAGGAUACACGGCUGAACCUCGGCCAUCGCAGAGCCACGGACCUGCGCGAUCGGUUCCGGACCAAAUUCCCGCACGCGUACCGCGAUGGAGGCUCUGUGAGCGGUCGAACCCUCCACGACCAGGGGAAGGAGGCUUCCGACGCGAGAGAUGACAACGACAGUACGAGCUCAGGCAGUAAGCAGGGGGCACAACCUUCCAAACCCCAAGAAACACGAUCCGAUCUCCCAGGCCAGUCCACCCUAGGACCCAUCGAUCCUGCUCUUCCUCCGCCUGCUCCGCCUCAGGGUCUGCUAGAAAGCUCAUCUAAUGCAGCUGCGGCUGCAACCGCCCCGGCGCCGGGUACCGGUGCCGUAUUCCCCUUCCCACUGGACGAAAACACAGGGACUAGUGAUAACACCUCAUGGACGGAUAAUACAUUAGCGCCGAUGGUGUGGGAUGAGAUCGGAUAG